AUGAAUUAUGAAGAUAAAAUUAACAUUGCAAUUGAAGAAGACAUAGAUGAAGAACUUGAGGAUGAAAUCGAAACAGAGAUGGAGAUUGAACUUUCUGUUCAUGCCAGGCAACUGAUGGAAGCAGCUAAGGUAGUUAUCACUCUAUUGGGGAAUAUGAUGACGCAUCAUCCGACUGCUGACAACGCUCUGAUGCGACGACCAAAGACUAGGGAAGGAUUCCAUUUUAUUACGAGAAUGAUGGAUGGAGAUCCGAGCCAGUUUCGACAGUUGUAUAGAAUGUAUCCUGACGUCUUCAUCAAAUUAUGCCAGAUCAUUAGGGAGAAAGCUCAUGUGGAUGAUACACGAUAUACAACUGUUGAAGAAAUGUUGGCAACAUUCCUCAUCAUUGUAGGGCACAACGAUCGUUAUUGUAACGUUCGUAAUAGGUUUGGUCGUUCGCAUUUUGCUACUAGUCAGAACUUCAACAAAAUAUUGAGAGCAUUGAACACCAUAGCACCGGACAUGAUGGUUAAGCCGACUGGCGCAAUACCCGCUAAAAUUCGGGAAAGUACCAGAUUUUAUCCUUACUUCAAGUUCAUCUAUGUGCUUAGUGGAUGGGAAGGCUCAGCCCAUGAUUCCAAAAUUUUAAGUGAUGCGUUGUCUAGAACAAAUGGACUCCACGUGCCUCAAGGUAAAUAUUUUCUAGUACAUUGUGGAUUUGCUAAUCGUCGUCAGUUUUUGGCUCCGUUACGUGGCGUUCGAUAUCAUCUCAAAGAUUUCGGUGGUGACGGUCGUAAUCCAAGAAAUGCAGAUGAGUUGUUCAAUCUUCGACACGCAUCAUUGCGAAACGUGAUUGAACGCAUUUUUGGAAUCUUCAAAUCACGUUUCACAAUUUUCAAAACAGCUCCUCCGUUCCCUUUUCAGACACAAGCAGAGUUAGUUUUGGCUUGUGCUGGAUUGCAUAACUUUCUCCGAAAGGAGUGUCGUUCUGAUGAAUUUCCAGUCGAAGUUGAAGAAGGAAAUGUUGCAGCAGAUGUUGAAAACGAUGCGGACAUUUUGGAUUAUCUUUCUCAAAGCCAGCUAUCUCAGAGGAAUGAAGCUAAUGCAUGGAGAACAAGUAUUGCUAAUGCUAUGUGGGAAAAUAGACAAAUAACUGAAACCGAUCAAGACACACAGGCGGAGACCGAAGAUAAUAGUUAG